CCGAUACAUGAGUAUGACAGUGGAUAAAUCCUACAGGUGGAGGUGAACAUCCCAGAUGGAAGAGAACGGAUGAAAACACACGGUUUGAACCUGCUGCGAUAAAAGCCAGAUUUCCCACAGCAGGAGAACGCAGCACAGUUUAACAAGGCUGAGUGCCUGAAAGUCAUUUGUUUUCCCUGAAUCAGACGGACUGGAUUGGCCGAGCGGGGGUUCCGCCCACAAACACACAAGGUGGAGUUGAAAAGAAAAAAAAAAAAAAACAUGCACAGGGCCAAAAUGAAGCUGUCAAACAGACGCACACAAUUUGCUAAAAGAGGUUUGGAGCAAUGUUCAAAACAGACAUCUGGCAGCGAGAUUCCAAUUAAAACCUACUUUUUUCUUAGAGAAUUGCACGUUGUAUUAAUUAAGAGUGAAUAAGUUGCGCUGUAUUAAUAACAUAACCGCACUGACAACUUUAAUCUAAGUUGCAACUACCGGCGGCAUUGAGACGCAAACUUCGGCCGCGGAUCAGACGCCGCGGUCGGUCAGUCAGUCGGUUGGUCGGUUAGCCUCCGGGACUAAAAAAAAAACAAACAACAAAACAAACAAACAAACAAAAAUCGGUACCGAAACAAACGCGACGAGAUAGGGGGUAAAAAUGUGGAUGAUGUCUCGGCGUAGCGAACUGGUUGGUUGGAUGGAGAGAGAGUGGAGGGAGACGGCGAGUGAGAGAUGGAGGCGGGGGGGAAGGACCAUCUCUGCGGGGACUGGAGCCCAGGACGGACGGCGCAGUGCUGGCUAUCGUUCAACCCUCCCCUUCUUCCUCCACAACGAGACCGACAACACAGAUCUGAAAUAGUUUUCUCACAAAUGAAUGGAGAAAUGGAGGCAGCCACCCAUGACCAAGUGUGGGCACAGGAUGACCUCUUAAAACUACUGGAGGCCAUGAAAGUGGCCCUGCCGCAGAAAGAUCUGACAAAAUACAAGACAUCAGAGUCCCACCUGGACUGGCAGAAGGUGGCGUUCAAUUCCUACACAGCAGAGAUGUGUAAGCAGAAGUGGCAGGAGGUCUCCAAAGAGAUCCGUAAAUUCAGGACCUUAACAGAGCUGAUAUUUGAUGCUCAGGACUACAUAAAGAACCCCUAUAAGGGCAAGAAAAUAAAGAAACACCCGGACUUUCCCAAAAAGCCCUUGACGCCAUACUUCCGCUUCUUCAUGGAAAAGAGGGCGAAGUACGCAAAGCUGCACCCAGAGAUGAGCAACCUAGACCUGACGAAAAUCCUCUCCAAGAAGUACAGGGAGCUUCCUGACAAAAAGAAGAAAAAAUAUGUGGACGACUUCUUACGAGACAAAGAAUCUUUUGUGCAAAGCAUGAUGAAGUUCAGGGAAGAACACCCAGAUCUUGUGGAGAGCAUGACUAAGAAAGGGUCAAAUGUACCAGAAAAGCCCAAGACACCUCAACAGCUGUGGUACAACCAUGAAAAGAAGGCCUUCCUCAAGUCACACCCUGAUGCUACCACCAAAGACAUAAAGGACAGUCUUGGCAAACAGUGGACGCAGCUGUCUGACAAAAAGAGACUGAAGUGGAUCACCAAGUCCCUGGAGCAGCAAAAGCAGUAUGAGGAGACGAUGCGGGAGUACAUCCAACAGCAUCCGGAGGUAAACAUAACCCAAGGGGACAUCGUAAAGUCCACCCUGACCAAGGCUGAAAGACACCUGAAGGACAAGUCUGACGGCCGACCCGACAAACCGCCUCCAAACGGUUACUCGAUGUUCUGCGCAGAGCUGAUGUCGAGCAUGAAGGAUGUUCCCAGCACCGAGCGCAUGGUGAUGUGUAGCCAGCGAUGGAAGAUGCUGAAACAGGGCGAGAAAGACGGAUACCAAAAACGCUGUGAACAGAGGAAGAAAGAGUAUGAAAUUGAGAUGAACAGAUUCCUCAGUAGUUUGUCUGAGGAGGAGCAGCAGAGGGUCUUGGGAGAAGAAAAAAUAGGUUUUAGGAAGGGCAGUGGAGCCAGCAGUCCUGCCUCCAAAAAGAAGAACUCUAAAGCAAAGAUGAAUCCAGAGAAACCCAAAAGGCCCAUUUCAGCCAUGUUCAUCUUCUCUGAGGAGAAACGUCCCAAACUCCAGCAGGAGCGUCCAGAUCUGUCGGACAGCGAACUCACCCGACUCCUGGCACGAAUGUGGAACGAACUGCCAGACAAGAAGAAGGAGAAGUAUAAACGCCUAGAAACAGUCUUGAAAGCAGAGUCUGAGAAGAAGGAGAAGGAGGAUCGCAGUCGUCUGCCAGACCCGCCCAAGACGGCACAAGACAUCUGGCAGCAGAGUGUCAUCGGAGACUAUUUAGCAAGAUUUAAGAACGACCGGCCAAAGGCGCAGAAAGCAAUGGAGGCGACGUGGAGCACCAUGGAGAAGAAGGAGAAGAUCAUGUGGAUCAAAAAGGCGGCAGAGGACCAGAAAAGAUACGAGAGGGACCUGUACGAGAUGCGUUCACCCGCCGCCGCCAUCGCUUCAGGGAAGAAGAUGAAGUUUGAGGGCGAACCCAAGAAGCCCCCAUCAAACGGUUAUCAGAAGUUCUCUCAGGAGAUGCUGUCGAACGGCGAGCUGAAUCACCUCCCGAUGAAAGAGCGAAUGACAGAGAUCGGCAGCCGCUGGCAGAGGUUACCGCUGAAGGACAAGGACCGCUACAAGAAGAUCGCUGAGGAGAAGCAGCGGCAGUACAAAGUCCAGCUGGAGCAGUGGCUCGCUAGUUUGUCCUCACAAGAGAGAAACACUUAUAAAGAAUACAACUCACAGAAACGGAGGACUACAGCAAAACCUGGAGGUCCCAAAGCCAAGUCCAAGAAAUCUGACACAGAGGAGGAAGAGGAUGACGACGAUGACGAGGACGAAGACGACGACGACGAGCAGAAGGCUUCGUCCGACGCGGACUCAUCCAGCGAAGAAGAUGAUGAAGACGACGACGAUGAUGAUAAGGACGAUGAUGAUGACGACGAUGACGACGAUGAAGACGACGACGACGCGGACGACAAGGAGAACAAGUCGGAGGACAGCAGCAGCGAGUCCAAUUCCCAGGGGUCCUCGGACUCGGACUCGGACUGAAAUGGGCCGACGGCGUCCUGAGACGAACUGAGCCCAGCUGAGCCGAGAGUCCAGGGAGCUCCGCCCGCCACUGUGCCAACCCCUGUCCUCCACCCACCACCAGAGGGAGCCCCUGCACCACCUCAUCCAUUUCACACUCACCCCUCCAUGUUGCUGUGUUGCUCUUUUUUUUUUUCCUCGUGGAAGGAGCUCCUCCUUUUUUCUUUUUUUUUUUUUUUUUUUUUUUUUUUUUUUAUGUCCAACAUCGGUUCCAUUCCCUCCCUGGUCGUGACGUUGUCUCACAGCACGGGCCGCUGACGUCACGCCCAAAAACACGGUGAUGUCAUGGACUUUUCCUGCCGCUGGUUUCGAUCCUGACUUCACUGGUUCAAUGGUUUCAGCUCAGAGUUUGAACGUCGAGGGUUCGUCGACGCCCCGCCCUGUUCCUUUUAUUAUUCUGGUGGCAUGAGUUGUGAACUGGCUUCACGAAGCCAAAGAACAGCAUUGUGGGUAACUUUAGGGAGGGGGGUGUGCGGGGUACUGAAUAAUUGCACUCUACAGAAUGUUUCCUUUAAUAUUUUUAUUUUUUUUUUGUUCUCUAUUCUCAUUUUAUGAUGUAGAUUUUAUCAUUUGGUUCUCAAAGAGGUGGUAUUUUUUUCAGGAAAAAUCAAGCCAUUAUGAAUGUGUUUUUGUUGCUGGAAGGUUUCUAAACUUUACUUACCCAUUGUCUCAUUUCAAACAUUCAGUGCUUGUAUAAAGUGUUCACCCCCUCUUGGACUUUUUUUUUUUUUCGCCCAUCUUUUAUUGUUCUGCAACAUUGACAAAGUUGGUGUCGAAGCUGAAAAAUAUACUUUAAACCAACGGUGUCGAACUCUGUUUAGUUCAGGGGCCACGUACCAACGGAAACGAGCGAAAAUAAAAAUAACAGUGAAAAAAGUACAAUUACAUGAUGAAAUUGUUUACAUUUAAAUAUCCCCAAACAUUUUUCCUAUAAAAUGUGAAUAACAUGAACAGUCUGAAAUUUUUAGUGUCAUUUUAACGAUAUUCUGCCUCAUUUUAUCAUUUCCUCAUGUUCAUUAUAUCGUACAGAUCACAGUGGAUCUACAAAUACACAAAAUAUUUAAUAGACAGAAUAUUGACAGAAUAUUACACUGAUUUACAUGAAGACACGCCAGGUUUUUAUUUGUUCAUAUUCAGUUUUUAAAAAUGUACAAAAAUUUAGAAAAAAAAAAAAAAAAUCGAAUUUGAACAAAUAAAA